AUGAACUCUCAUCUCUUCCUCCCCCAGACAGCCACAACUGACACAGACCACCAUAAUAGCCAUGAGAGUGGCAGCUGCAGCAUUCCAAUCCUCUCUCUGUAUCUCUUACCAGAAACCAACCCCAACCCACCAACCAACCAUUCCCUUGACAGCCAAACCCAAUAGCGGCAGCAGCAGCCUCCAUCACCACCCACUCUACACAGCAACCCAAACAAACCUCUCUUCACAGGUCAAAGAGAAGGUCGUUUGCCUUGAAAUCAUGGGUAUUGACUCAGGCAAAGCACUCUCACAAAACCCAUCUCUUCAUUCCGCCUCACUCUACUCAAUUCAAUCCAUAAUCUUCUUCCUCCAAUCCAAAGGAAUCCUACAAAAGGACAUGCCUAGAAUUGUGGGUAUGUGCCCCCAAAUCUUAACCUCCAACAUCAGAACCGACCUUCUCCCAGUUUUCAUUUUCCUCUCACAGGACCUAAAAGUCCCUGACCAUGACUUCAGGAGGGUUAUCAAGAAGUGCCCAAGAUUGCUAAUUUCAAGUGUCAAUGACCAGCUCAGACCAUGCCUUUUUUGGCUUCGAAGACUUGGGUUUUGGGAUUUGAGAGCAUUGGCUUAUCAUGACCCUGUGCUACUGGUUUCCAGUGUGGAGAAUACAUUGAUUCCAAAGCUUGUUUAUCUGAAAAGUAUUGGGUUUUCAAGAGAUGAUGUUUUGGAUAUGGUGUUGAGGUGUCCAGGUCUGUUUACUUUCAGUGUUGAGAACAAUUUGAAGCCCAAAUUUGAGUACUUUGUUGAGGACAUGAAAGGAGAUCUGGAGGAGCUCAUGGAGUUUCCACAGUAUUUUUCUUUCAGUUUGGAGAAGAGGAUUAAGCCUAGGCACAUGGAGGUUGUGCAGAGUGGACUUAGGGUUCCUCUGCCAUUGAUGCUUAAAAGCACUGAUGAAGAGUUUAUGGAUCUGAUAAGAUAAGGGGGGAUGGGUAAUUGUGGUGGGUGUUUUGCACCUAUGAACACAAUGGGCAGAGUUCCUUUUUUUCCUCUGUUGUACUUAUCAUUCUCAUGGUGUAUAGUUUGAGUAAAUCUAUCUUUAAUUUUGUUUU